GCUCUCACAGCAGGGCACAUAAUUCUUCUUGCUAUUCUACACUUCGAAAGAAACAAUCACACGCCAUACCAACCGCAAGAUGUCAGACUUAUCCCCCAAGCUCAUUCGUGUCUGCGUCCUCGCCUGCUCCUACGAGGGCUCCGACAGUGAGCUGAAGGAGUUCGAAGGGGAGCUGGUGCAGACGCCGCAGAACUUCUUCGACCACGACGACCCGCACUACACCUUCCACCUGGAGCUGAUUAAAAAAGCGACGGCCUACCGCCAAGUCCGACAGCUCGUCAUGUCCGGCAAGUUCGACGUCUUCUACAACCAGUGUGACGGUGCCAGGGACGAGGACCGCGCCGGUGUGGAGGUGGUGGAGGCGCUGGAGGAGUUCAAGGUGCCCUACACGGGGGCCAUCUCCAAGUACUACGAAAUGUCCAAGCCCGAUAUGAAGCUGGUGGCGCAUUACUACGCAAUCGACACCGCCAAGUACGUGGUGCUCGAGUCCGGGAACGACAUCCCUGUCAUGUGUGCCGAUCUGCAGUUUCCGUGCAUCAUCAAGCACAUCUCCGGCUACAGCAGCGUCGGCAUGGAUAAGAGCUGCAAGGUAUUCACCAUGAAGGAGUUGGAGGGACGCGCCACUCGCUUCAUGCAGGAGUACCAGUUUGCCCUGGUGGAGGAGUUCAUCUGCGGUGACGAGGCGACCGUCUUGGUCUGCAACGACGCGAGCGAGCCGGAGGGGGUUCGGGUGUUCCCGCCGGUGCAGGUCGCCUUUCCAGAAGGCGAGGACUUCAAGCACUUCCAGCUGAAAUGGGCGUCGUACGAGGGCAUGGAGUGGGCGCAGGUGCCGGAGAGCGAUCCGGCCAUGGCGGACAUGGUGAGCAUGGCGCGCUCCGCCUUCAAGCGCAUGAUGGGCGGCAUUGGCUACGGCCGUAUCGACGUCCGCAUUGACCGCGAUCACGGUAACAAGGUGAUCUUUCUUGAGAUCAACCCCAACUGCGGGAUUAUGUACCCGUACGGGCAGGAGGGGUCGGCGGAUUGGAUCUUGCGGCUGAACAAAGGUUUCCACCAGCGCGAGUUUGCGAAGUUGCAGAUACACGAGGCGAUAGAGCGCUGGAAGAGAGAACGCCCUCUCUACGUCCGGCGCUUCGACCCGGUCCGCGGCUACCACCUGCGCGCCAGCGAGGACAUCAGCAUCGGGACUAUCGUGUUCUCCGACGAGUGCCGCCCCGUCCGCCUGUGCACGAAGCCCUACGUCGAGGAGCAUUUUUCCAAGGCCGACUUCGACGACUUCCGGCACAACGCCUGGCCGAUUGGUCGCGGUGGUCACUACUACGCCCUGUGGGACCGCAGCCCGGCUCACUGGCGCGCCUUCAACCACUCCUGCUCACCCAACAUGGCGUUUGCGCCGCACCACUCCCUUAACGUGGUGGCCCUGCGCAACAUUCCAAAGGGCGAGGAGCUGACAAUGGACUACCGCCAGUUCAUGGACUCUAUCAUGCCUGGCUUUGUGUGCAACUGCAACGCGGAGAACUGCGAAGGCUUCGUCACGCCCGGAUCGCUGGCCAGCUCACCCGUUGCCACGGUUGCUGCGGAGCCACCGAUGCUGCUGCACGCCAACACAAUGAUGAUGCUUAAUCCGAUAUAA